CAGAUCAAAAUGGCGGCGCCGGUGGCCAGAAUUUGCCGAAGGUGUAUUUGCUCAGAGGCUAGAAAAACUAAACCACCCGUGGGUAGGCCACGACCUCACAUUGAUAGAAUAAUACGAGUAGAUCACGCAGGAGAACUUGGAGCUGAUCGCAUUUACGCCGGACAAAUGGCAGUUCUUGGUAGAACAAAUGUGGGACCGACUAUCCAGGUAGCUUAGCAUGGAGAUUACAUAAGCUUACAAGCUUGAGCUGAACUGCAGGUUGCCACCAUUUCCUGUUAGUCAAAAAAGUGACCACAAAAAACCGUCGUUUAGUUAUGUCUACGAAUUGGUUUUAAGAACUUAUACAGCAGGACCCCGAUGACUCGAACUCGGAUAACUCGAGUCAAGUCCAAUUUUCCUUAGAUUUCACCCCACUUUAGUCAUUUUUACUUGGUUAACUCGAACUCUGAUAACUCGAAUUCCCCGCUAAAUCGAACUAAAUUUCGUGUUCCUUGAUCAAAAAUUCAGUGAAAUUUACCCCAAUAACUCGAAUUCUGGAUCUUGUAACUCCACUAGGGUGACAUCCCAUUAGCUCUUCUUUUUGUAAAAUCGGUAAAAACACUAAAACUAAGACUGGUCAACACUGCAUCUUGGUUCAACGAACAGAUCAAGUUUUAUGUUAAAAGAUUCCUAAUCAUUUUACCAUUUCUCAUGAAAUAAGGGGGCGUUCAAUUGGGAAAUCUGGAUUUAGAUUUUAAAAUCCAGAUUUCAGAUUUGCAAUCGAACGCGAAAUCUGAAAAUGGAUUUCAAUGCUGAGACAACUGUUGUUGGAUUCUUUCCGUUUUUUUGGGAAAUCUGAAAAAGGAUUUGAAAAACAGUUCUUAAAAGCAGCGGUCCUUGCACGUGCACGUGUAAUUAGCAAAAAGAAGACCAAUCCUUUUUUGGAUUUCCAAUCAAACGGUAAAAAGGAAAUCCAUGAAAUCCGGAUUUGGAUUUCUUUACUGAAAUCCACCUUGAGGAUGGAUUUCUCGAAGGUGAAAUCCGUUUUCGGAUUUCGCGUUCGAUUGCAAAAUCCAAAAUCCCAAUUUCAAAAUCAAAUAGAGAUCUAUUAAUUAAAACCAAAGAAACAAAAACUGGAAUGCGAUGAAGACUAUGCCUGGAGUAGUUGGUGAACUAAAAAAUAAGAAGUGUUAAGCUUGAGGUGGUCUCGUCAGUUGCGGGGGUUAUAAAUUGCUCCAAGUAGCAUUCAUCAUGUUUAGGAUAUGUAAACCUUUCCUCCUCAAGAUUAUUGCUUGUUAUCGAUUACUAUUGAUUGUUACUGAUUUUUAUUAAUCAAUAAUAAUUGUUAAUUUUUUUCUGUGACUUUGAUUUCUAUCUAUUUCCAAUAUCAAUUGAUAACAACUGGUAGAUUAAAUCGAUUUGAUAUCAAUUAUUAUAUCAAUUGAAUUCAGAUAUCGAUAUCUAUCGAUUAACUGUGCCUGGUGCAAACGUACAGGCAAGAUUGAAUAAGACUUAAGCAAAAUGAAAAAAAAAAAACUUAUAAAGCACUUGUUGUAGCUUUAAAAAAAUUUUCCAGACUUUUUCCAGGUCUGGAAAACUGCUGGGCAAAUCUGAAGACUUUUUCAAGAAUUCAAGACUCUGUAUGAAUCUUGCGAUAUGUAUACAUGUAUGCGCUCCUAGAAGCCACAUGUCCAAAUAAAAUUUCAUAGGUUGAUUAAUUCCAUUUGAUUUUUCUAUUAUCUUAAGUACUGGCAAUCCUUUUACUUCUCUUGUUAGCAUAUGUGGGAUCAAGAAAAGAAACAUCUUCAAACUUUUGAACAAAUCAUAGCUGACAGACGAGUGCGGCCAACUGUCCUUAUACCACUGUGGAAUGUAGCAGGAUUUGUUUUAGGUAUAUACAUGUUUACAUUCAGAUGAGAUUGUGAUAUAAAUCAACUAUUCCUGUGGUCCUGUAGUAAUCAAAUAAAAUGGGUUGUUUUCAGUCCACAUUUCCAAAGUCCAGUGUUCCUGUAGUCCAUAAAUCUAUUUAAAUAUAGAGCAAGUCUGGUUUGACACACAACAGUUUUUACUUGUCAAUAACAUCAGGUUGUUGAUAACAAAAUUAAUAUAAAUGCCGAGUCUGUUUAGGCCCUUAGCAAGUGCACUGAGUGAAAUAAUUUGUGAAUUUGGCCACCUCAGACAGCUUGAUGCAAGUUAUAUUGUUUUAAAACUUUCAAACUUUUUGGUGUUGCCUCGCAGGAGCUGGAACAGCAUUACUAGGAAAAGAAGCAGCCAUGGCUUGCACUGUUGCUGUUGAAGAAGUGAUAAGUGAACAUUAUGACAAGUGAGCAAUACAGAAUUCAUUUUACUGAACCCAAAAAUUGUUUUAUAAAAAUACUAGUUUCCACUAGUUUUCACUAGUUUCCAGUUUAAUUUGGUGCAAAAAUCGCUCGGCUUAUAGUCGAAUAAAAUAAUACGGUAUAUUUUAUAUAUCUGUCUGGAUUUCAUACGAGGUGCCUGUACUGAGUCUCUAGGCGGUCAACUCCAAGGAGCCAUUACUCACCCUCCCCACCCAUGAAGCUUAUGACUAGUCAAUCACUUCCCCCAAGCUAUGCUAGUAGUAUUAUGAUUAUGAGUCACCGCAUUGAUUUGGCUGGCCUAGGGCCACAGGAAAAAUUCUCUGACUUUGCACUGCUUUUUGACAUAAAACUCUAACCAAAGUGACAAAAUCUCCCCUCCCUACCCCCCUGGUUUUCACACAAAACAAGGAAGCCACCCACCCACGGAUAGGUCUGGGCCCGGGCUCUCAGCUGACCCUAGCAAGAUGGCAAGUCCCCCAGUUUUUUUCCGGCUACACUGGCUUGAACACAGGCGAUGCCCGUGUUAGAGCAAAAACUUAGGGGGCACCUUUUAGCAAAAUCACACAGAUAUAUAUAAUACAAAAUGAGUCACUCUUUUAGUUAAUGUGGCAAUAUCAACAGUGGGGAAAUUGCGGUUUGACUGGUCAUCAUUUUCAUUGCUUUGAGAGUCUUCUUCCUUUCUGACACAAGAAAUUGUGAGACCAAUGACUGUUUUGGGAGAAAGUAACGAAAAAAAAAUGCAUGAUUGAGACUGCAGUCAUUCCUCUUUUGCUCACAACCUUUUUUUUCCAAAACUGACAUCUAUAAUAAAUAUUUUUAAUUUUCUUUUUAAAAAAUUGUUGGUACCACACAAAUUCAUUAGCAUACAUUACCAUACCCAAAAACAAUGGAAAAAAUAAUUAUUAAGUGAAAUAGAAAAUUAACUACAACAUACUUUUUAUAAAAUUAGCAAAAUCAGUUUUCCCAGUCAAAGCACUAUAGGUGGAACCUCUAAUCUUGGCAAUUUGGGGUGAUUGCUAACAGAAGGGUAAUACACGCAGCUGCAAAUUUGCGAUUUUUUGUGCACUUGCGAAAAGUCCCAAAAAUGGUCCAAUUUUUCACAAUAAUUGCAAAAAAAAUGUAAAAUCACAAAAAUCAUUGGGGCCCUCUCCACCUCCUCUAAUGCUGCUCUACCCUGAUUCAGCGAAUUUUCCAGUUUUAGCAAAUUUUGCAGCUGCCUGCAAACUUGGACAUAUCUUGAGGCUAUGUUUGUUUGUAUGUUGAAAGUUUUCUGAAUAUUUCAUUCUCAUUUUCAGUCAGUUGAGGGAACUGUUAACAGAAGGUGUAACAGAUGAAAAUAAAGAGUUAUUAGAUGUAAGUUGACUUCAAUCAAUGUAUUACUGUCAAACUCAGAAAACUGUGAACACCUGAAAAAUUUCCAGACUGUUGAUUGUGUAGUGACCAGUCACAACAAAGUGCAGGACAGAUGAGCAAACCUAAAAACCACAAACUUAUUGCCGUGGCUGUUGCAGUUUAGUUUCUUAUACUUUGUUGGCUUUCUCCUCGCAACAAAAUAACAUUCCAGAUAUAUUUCUGGUACUCACAGUUUGUGAGUUUCACAGUAAUAAUUUGACUUUCCCUGGUUGAAGAAAGGAAGCAUUACGGCAUGCUGUCAAACUGUAGAGUGGAGUCAAAUUUCUGCCUCACUGACCCAUCUACUUGCCUUGAUGAACACUGUAAAAUUGAAUUCAUAAGAACAGGACAGGACAGUCUUUUUAUGUUAAUUAAGUACAGUAAUUCACUGGACAUUUCUCAACUCUGUCAACUAAGACAACCUGUAGAAACUAUGGGAAUAAUCUCUAGCCAUUUGGGUUUUCAGCCAUUAAAUUUUGCACUUUCACUGUAUCUUAAGACCAGAAUGCUACUGGUACCUGAGAGUUAUCAACACCAAAACAAUGACGGCAGUUGAACUAAGUUGAUCUGCAGUAUUUUAAUAAUGUCCUAGACAAUACAAAAGUUUCGUGAUGAAGAGCUGGAGCACCUUCUUAUAGGAGAAGAGCAUGAUGCUGAAAAGGUGAGCAAACUGCAAACUGUCUGGAUUGGAAUUUGCUUUUUUCUUUGAGACAUCUCUGUCCUGUUUUGCAAGACUGACGCGUGGUAUGUCUGUCACAUGGCUGUGACUUUUUUACGGCAAACUGUGACAUGCAAGCAACAUGUUAUUGAUGUACAUUGUUUGUAAGAUGCUUAAACAUGCCUGAAACUCUCUUCAUCUUGACAUACCUCUGGCAUAAACAGCACACUUUUAAUUAGCAUGUAACAUACUGGCCCCAGUCAUUCAAAGGUUGGAUUGUGCUAUCCAGACGACAAACCAACCUGACUUUCUUGAUGAGAAAAAAUUCUGAUGUAUUGUGUUUCCCUGCAAGCAGAGGCCUCUUUUCCCUGGUAUUUGGUUGGUGAGAGGAAAAGAGAUCUCUUUUCUUUUGCCUGCCGAAUACCUUAAAAAAGAGGCCUCUGCCAGCAGGGAAGUAUGGUGUAGUAUGCUUUAUCAGUUUAUCAGUCAAUAAAGUAGACCUAGGCUAAAAAGAAUUUUCUUCUCUUCGUGUAGGCACCGAUGUAUCAGGCACUGUCCACAAUCAUCCAGACUGGUUGCAAGGCAGCAAUAUGGUUGUCAGAGAGAAUAUAGAACUCUUCAUAUACAUGUAUGUGCCACUGUCAAUGCAUGUCUCUUUGGAGAGGAGUUGCUUUGGACAAUUCUUAGCUUCGUCAAAAGUAUGAUAUGAACUGUACAUUCCCAAGAGAAUUGCAUCAUUCAUUGACUUGUCAAGUUACCAAGGAACUAAUAUUUGUUAAGUAUUUGGAGAGAGGGGGCAAGCUUAUUUUCGAGAAGUCAUGAUCGAAGUGCACUGUGUGAAAUGUGAACUGCCCAAAACCCAUCAAUUAUUGAAGAAAUCAAAUCAUUUAUUUGGCCAAAUGACCUUAACUAGCAUCUGGUGGCUCGAUUUAACUUACAGCUGGAUCCCCUAGGGAAUUAAUGGUUGCGCAGAGAUCACCCGAACACAUGGUGGAGAUCAAAGGUCAAUAAUUCCACCAUUUGUUUGUGACUUGUGAAUGCAAAAUUGUUGCUUGUGAACUCGUGACGAGACCCUCCCUCCCUCCCCCCCUUGCCCCCCUCUUUGGGGUAUAACUGCUCAGUAAUGUCUUUAGAACUAAGGUCUGGUUGUAAAGCACCUUCGCAUAGCUGGCAGUUUUUUUUAUGUGUUUUUCAUUUGUGGUUCGUAC